CUCAUUUCUCGCAAUUUCAUUCAAAUCCGAAGUUUAAUUAUCAUCAAAUCUCUUUGUUAAAAAUGUCUGGUCGUGGGAAGGGAGGCAAGGGAUUGGGAAAGGGAGGAGCAAAACGACAUCGUAAGGUCCUUAGAGAUAACAUUCAGGGCAUUACUAAGCCUGCAAUCCGUCGAUUGGCACGUCGGGGCGGUGUGAAGCGUAUAUCAGGUCUGAUAUAUGAGGAGACACGUGGAGUCCUCAAGAUCUUUUUGGAAAAUGUGAUUCGUGAUGCUGUUACCUACACUGAGCACGCCAGAAGAAAGACUGUUACUGCCAUGGAUGUUGUUUAUGCUCUUAAGAGACAGGGCAGGACUCUCUAUGGUUUUGGGGGUAAUUUCUCUUUGAAAAUGUCAGGUCGUGGAAAGGGAGGCAAGGGUUUAGGAAAGGGAGGAGCCAAGAGGCACAGAAAGGUGCUUAGAGAUAACAUUCAGGGCAUUACAAAGCCAGCAAUUCGUCGAUUGGCACGUAGGGGUGGUGUGAAGCGUAUAUCAGGUCUGAUUUACGAGGAGACACGUGGAGUUCUCAAGAUCUUUUUGGAGAAUGUUAUUCGUGAUGCUGUUACCUACACUGAGCACGCUAGGAGAAAGACUGUUACUGCUAUGGAUGUUGUCUAUGCCCUUAAGAGGCAGGGCAGGACUCUCUAUGGUUUUGGCGGUUAGAUUGUGGAUCUUUUGUUAGGUAAUUAGUUAAUGUAGAUUUUAAGGAAAUUUCUGCAGUUUCUGUGUUUUGGUUUCUCUGUAGCGUUUUGUUCUAGAUCUGGUUCUUAAGGUCCAGUUAUUGUAAUUUCUCCUUACAUAUUCAAUGGACCAAGUUCAAUUUCUAGAAA